ACCAAAACCAUCAAAGUUUUCCGGAAUCUUUUUUACUGUUCUUAGCCACGUAACAAAUUGACGGUAUAACUCAAAUCGCUCUUUAUUUUUUGACUUUUUAAUUUAGAUAAAUCAAUCAAUUAGCCAAAAUGUCAGCAGCUUCUAAGAAGGGUUAUUCACGAGAAGAAGAGCUUCUUCUUCACGAUUUCAGUCGUAAUGUGUCUACAAAGAGUUCUGCUCUUUUCUACGGUAAUGCUCUUAUUGUAUCGGCCACAUCAAUCUGGCUGUUUUGGAGAAUCCACCAAAUGAAUAUUUAUUCAUCAGCAUUCGUUUUUGUCAUUGUUACUGCAUUAACAACCUGGCUGAUUGCUUAUUCCUACAAACAUGUCAAGUAUAUUCUUAAAUUUAAGAUUGCCAGCAAACGCGGUGAAGCUGUUACUCGAGAAGUAAACAAACUAAUCUCGGAUGACAAAAAGAUGACCAAGAAAGAAAGAGAUGAACGUGUCCUUUGGAAACAGAAUGAAGUGGCUGACUUUGAGGCUACAACUUUUGCCAUCUUUUACAAUAAUGCAUUAUUCUUGGCUUUGGUAAUUGUAUCAUCAUUCUAUUUACUGAGCUCAUUUAGUCCAACCAUCAAUUACGUGUUCUCUGUUACUCUCUCCGGUGGUCUUUGUGCUCUCCUCUCUACGAGUACCAAAUAAUUUAAAGCAAUUCCUAAAUAUUCCUAGAGAUUUUACGGUAUAUAAAAUUGAAUAAAUGAAAUUUAUGAUUACUCUACAAAA